UGGCUAUGGCGGUGCCCAGUUCGGCGAUGGAGACGGCCGCAAUGGGAGUGGAGGAGCUGGUGUGCGCGCAAGGCCGGAACCGAAAGGCCGUGCUGUGCCAGCGCUGCAGCUCUCGCGUCCUUCUGCCUGGGGCCGCUACCUUCACCCGCAGAGAGCUUUUUCUUCCUGCCAUGAAGAAGAAGACAGCACUGGUGGGUAACAGUGAUCUGGAAGGGGAUGUCCUACAGGACCACUGGCUGGUCGAUGACAUGUUCUCUUUCGAAAACGUUGGCUUCACCAAGGAUGUUGGGAAUAUAAAGUUCCUAAUCUGUGCAGACUGUGAAAUUGGUCCGAUUGGCUGGCACUGCUUGGAUGACAAAAAGAGUUUCUAUGUGGCCUUGGACCGCGUGUCUCAUGAAUGACUGGUGACCAAAAGACUAAUGAGCCUCCUGGCAAGCCAGUUAGGCCAUCCUAAAGGUAUCCUGCUUCCCUCUAGUGAACUAAUGUCCACUUUGUAAUGCCAACAUGCCGCCUUGAAAAUGGCACUGGUAUGGUGCCGUAACCUGAUGCGUCAAAAGAAGUAUCUGUUUAUAUCGAUUGUCAACUCUCCUUCUGAUUUAAGUUUUGCCGUGACUCUGUUCCUGUGUAAUACCUUGCAGAUUGAUGUGGGUAUGUUUUGAAACAAAGGCCUACCUGUGCAAAUUGGUGGUUUACCUUGUUUAAAUAUUAAGUCCUCUGAAAAAUGACCAUAUAAUGCAACUGGGAAUGAGUCUUCUAGACAUUGCUUUUUGCAGCAUCAGAUGGAGUUUUAAAGUUUUCUGCUCUAUUUUGGACCAAAAGGUACAUACUUCUCAUUUAAUUUUUACAGGCAUAACAGCUAUAUCUGUCAGUUUCCACUUUAUGAUGAUAAUCUAUUAUUGAAAGCCAGGUCUUAGUUGCAGAAGGACAUUUUUAAUGGGGGAAAUCAGAUGAUGUUUUAAGAGUGCAAAAAGGGUCAUUUUAAAAUUGCAAGAAGAGAAUGUCACUGGAGACUAAUUCUUUAUAAAUAUUUGUAUUUAAUUAAACUUAAACCAAGCUUCA